UCUGAAACAACUGCUCCCGCUGGCCUGGUCCCACAAUUCCUUAACCACCCUCAAGCUCAUCUGCAAGCUACUAGGCAGAAGCUUCCACCUCGAAGAAUUGUUCUACACAGCGGCGCUUUGGCUCCACCAGAACCACCCCAAGACCCUAGCGCACAACCUCCUGCCAAUUGCUGGGUCGUUGGGGGGUCGUUGGGGCGUUUCAGAUCCCUUCUCGAGGUUCUGUACGGGGUUCUAGAAGGCCGGGAUGAUGCCAACUACAAGAGGAAGAGGAUAAAGAGGAUGCAAAACCUGCUGUAUUAUUAUGAUGACUUGAUAAUUAAAACAGUAGGCAGCGGGAGGCGUACUAGUAGCAAGAAGAGAGAGAAGAUCAUCGCCAUGGCCAAGAAAGCUGUUGAGAUGUACGAGGGUGACCAAGAUUAUCAGUUUCUACAUGAGCGGGUUUCAGAUAUUUACGCUGAGUGCUUGAAGUAUGAUAUCAAAAACUUGAAGAAAUUUGAGCAGCAGGGAAAGGACAAUGUCAAUGAUCCUAAGCACUCCUUGAAGUUGGGGUUAACAGAUGCAGCGAGGUGUUGCCCUUCCGUGGAUUCCUUUUUCGACCGUGCCACUUUGCUCUGCGAGAGCAUUGCGAAGAAGGUUUUCCUGUGAGAGCAAUGCUCGCAAGGC